CUAUAACAAAUUGAUCUUGCUGUAAAGGGGGUAUUCGUUAUCUAUUGGUCUGGCGAAUUAAAGACUAAACGGUGCUAACAAUUAAUAAGCUUGAGUAAAGAGGUCUUCUACAUACACGAACUAUGCCUACGACAACUCGUAAUAUGGCGACCGCUGAUAGUCCUGCUUCAGUAGAAUUUAUUACUCAAAUGGACAGCUAUAUUCAAAGCUCGGAAAUCUUUAAAAAAGUACUCGUGGAAGCCCUAAACUCUGCUCUACAAGAAACAUUAACACCGCUUUAUGCAGAGAUUAAGUCACUUAAAUCUGAAGUUUCAUCUCUGCGAAGCGAACUGUCUGAAGUCAAAGCUAAAGCCAACGACAACGAACAAUAUUCAAGGCGUAACAACAUAAGGAUUUUUGGACUUGGGGAAGAAAACAAUGAAAACUGCUUCGAUGUCGUGUUACGAUUGUGUGAUGAACUAAAUUUGGACGUUAAAAGAAACGAACUUGAUCGUGUUCAUAGGGUGGGUCGUGCAAGUAACAUGACUCAUUCUUCUAGCAACCCAGUUCAUCCUCGGCCUAUGAUUAUUAAAUUGACUGGUCAUCAAAGCAAACUAAAGUUCAUGAAAGCAAAAAAACAAUUACGCAGGAAUGUCUCUAUCAAGGAAGAUCUUACCCGGGAAAACUAUGAGCUUCUGAAAUAUGUUAAAACAAAUUCACUCAAAGACGUCGCUGUUUAUACCAUCGACGGUGUGAUUAUGGCGCGUGCACCAGGUCACGACAAGCCUUGCCGAAUUUACAAGAAAGAAGACCUGGCUACGUUUAAACUACAUAAAACUACCCCAGCAGCGGAUGACUAA